CUCUCUUUGGCUCUCUUUUGCCGCUUUUUCCUUCACAAUCGAGUUCAGAGCCGCUCCAGACGAAAAGAUGGGUGCGAGCAUGGAGGGCCUGACUGAGGGCAUGUUUCAGCUUUCUGCUGGCGUCCUAUGCGUUUUCCCACUGCUGGUCUUCCUUCAGAUGCUCUCCCCCGGCCUUUCACGCUUGGCAUCGCGCCCGCGCUCGUCCCUCCCAGCGUCGGCAGCGCGCGCAGACGCCGACGAGGGGCGGACGGCGGGGAGCGCGGGCGCCUUAGUCGCGCUGGCGGCGGCCUUGGCCUUGGUGCCUUUGCUGCUGCUUUUGCCCAAGAGCUCAGCGUUCAAUUUGCCGAGCCCGGGCGCCCCACCCCAUGCGCCGCCUUCGCUCCCCGCGGGCGCCCACGCGGACGCGACCAGUGGGUCGACGGCGCCCAACGCCGCGUCGACGGUGGGGUCGCUGGCGGGGGUGACGCUCACCUGUCUCCUCUUCCGGUCCGUGUACCAUGCCGUUGCGACCGGCCCUGUCCCCCCACGCGAGCGGCUCGCGAGCGGUGGAACGACGCCCAGAGCCAAGCAGGCCAAGAUGAGCCCCUGCGCCAGCGCCAGGGCAUUGGCCUUGGAUCAGGAGCUUUUGGAGAGCCCGUCUCAAUGGCACAAAGUGAGUCUGUUCUUGCGGGAUUGGUUGGAUGAUGAGACUGGGCUUUUGCAUUUCGUGACGGAGAUGCCUCGAGGUUCUUUGAAGAAGUUUGAGCUUCAAACCACCUUGGAGGGGAACCUCAUCCGGGAGGAUGCCAAGGCCACGGAGAAAUUGAAGGCCUUUGGCAAGCCGGUGCCCUUCAACUACGGCUGUUUUCCACAGACCUACCGCGAUCCCCUCCAACACGAUGAGCUGCACUGUGCCCCUGGAGACGAUGAUCCCUUGGACGUCAUCGACGUCAGUUUUCGCACUUUGCGUGUGGGGGAGGUGGCGCUCUGCCGCGUGCUGGGCGCAGUGUGCCUCAUCGACGAGGGCCAGGCAGACUGGAAGAUCUUUGUGACCUCGCAGCUGGAAGAUGAUGGAGGAGCACCUCUACACAGCAUGACUGAGGUGGAGCGGCGCUGGCCGAACCGCGCCAUGCAGAUCUUGACAUGGAUGGAUGACUUCAAGCAGCACCAGGACACCGGAGCGACGCAUUUGCACUACCACGUCCACAGCUCAGAGGUGGCCCUGUCCAUCGUGCGAAAGGACCAUGAGGCCUACAAGAGGCUGGUGGCAGAGGCGGAUGAGCACGGCUACGCGCGCGGGCAUUGGAUCCACAGCCCAGUGCCCCAAGACCCUUGGGCCCGGCCCCGCCCGGUGCCAGCGCGCGGGCCACCCGCGCUGGCGGGCGCCGGCGUGGUGGCGUGGGCCACCACCAGUCGCUCCCAUAGCCGCACCAGCUCCAGUAGUGGAUCGAGCGCCGACCACGAGCGGAGUCCAUGAGGUGCGGAGAAGGCCACGCAGGCGCCGCCCUCGCCACGGCCUUGGCCUCGCGGCACUUUUCGACGCCCAGGACCUGCCAAUUUUGCCAACAGCAACCGGUACAAAAAGGGGUCAGUUUGAGGACGCCAGACCUGGAC